UAAAAAUCCCCAACGCAACCAAACCGCCAGGCGCCAGCACAACUCUCUAGACUCUCUCUCUUUCUCUAUCUCUUUCAUGCACAGUUACACACGCGCAUCAUCUCCCUCACCGAACAAUCCUCCUCCUCUUCUUCAAACCCAAGCAAACGCAACCGAACCAUCUUCGAGGACGAGGAGGACGACGACGAGGGAAAGCGCGGCGGAGAUGGCGAGCAGCGGCGGCGGGACGAAGCGCGGCGGUGUUGUGGCGGCGGAGGGGGAGGGGGAGUGGGAGUGGGAGAGGGAGAUUACGGGGAGGUGGCGGGCGUGGUUGGUGCCGGCGAUCGUGGUGGCGAGCGUGGGGGUGUUCGUGGCGGAGAUGGUGCUCAACAACUGCCCCGCCCACUACACGCCCUACGGGCCCUGCGCCGCCCGCUUCCUCCGCCGCCUCUCCUUCCAGCCGCUCCGCGAGAACCCCCUCCUCGGCCCCUCCUCUUCCACAUUGGAAAGGAUGGGGGCUCUUGAAUGGAGCAAGGUAGUUCGUCAACAUCAGGGAUGGAGGCUCAUUACCUGUAUUUGGCUACAUGCAGGUCUUAUCCACUUGCUUGUUAAUAUGCUGAGCCUGAUUUUCAUCGGAAUCCGUCUCGAACAGCAAUUUGGAUUCGUUCGUAUUGGGCUUACAUACUUGCUAUCGGGGUUUGGCGGUAGUGUCCUCUCAGCUCUUCUCCUUAGAAACAGCAUUUCUGUGGGUGCUUCUGGUGCUUUAUUCGGUCUACUCGGAUCCAUGCUUUCAGAGCUCAUCACAAACUGGACCAUCUAUUCCAAUAAGGCGGCAGCUUUAUUAACCCUUUUGUUCAUCAUAGCAAUCAACUUGGCCAUUGGGAUCCUGCCACAUGUCGAUAACUUUGCACAUAUUGGAGGGUUUUUGACAGGUUUUCUCCUUGGGUUUGUGUUAUUCCCCCGGCCGAGAUUUGGUUGGAAUGAACGCCAUGACUUGCCCCUGUCCCGUCAAAUGAGAUCAAAAUACAAGCCUUACCAAUUUGUGCUAUGGGUUGUUGCACUGGUUCUGCUGUUAGCUGGAUUUACAAUUGGUUUAGUAAUGCUUUUCAAAGAAAAGAAUUUGAAUGAUCAUUGCCACUGGUGCCACUAUUUGAACUGCGUUCCCACAUCGAGAUGGAGCUGUGAUACUUAAAUAGCAUAUGGAUAUUCAGAUUAAACAAAAAAACCACGAGCUUGAUGAGGAAAUUAAGGAAGAUCGCCUUUUGGGCUUCUACAUGCUUUUUUACACCUGUAUAUAGAGUAGAAUUUGGUUGUCUUUUCAGUUGAACACUUAAAAUUGCCUUAGUGUUGUGUGUGGUACUGUUUCUGAUCAUCUUCUUUUAUUUAUUUGAGUAAAUUACAUCUUUGAUCCUCAAAACUA